AUGUCCAAGCUCAAUGUCACAAUCUUCAUGCCCCCACUGCUGACACUGAUCGGUAUCCCUGGCUUGGAAUCUGUGCAGUUCUGGAUUGGAAUUCCCUUCUGUGCCAUGUAUGUCAUCGCCCUCUUGGGCAAUUGCCUGCUUCUUGCCAUCAUCAAAUCCGAGCGAAGCCUCCAUGAGCCCAUGUAUCUCUUCCUGGCAAUGCUUGGAGCAACAGACAUUGCUCUCAGUACGUGCAUCCUACCCAAAAUGCUAGGGAUAUUUUGGUUCCAUUUAGCAGAGAUAUAUUUCGAAGUCUGUCUCCUGCAAAUGUGGCUCAUCCACACAUUCCAGUGUAUUGAGUCCGGUAUUCUGCUGGCUAUGGCCCUGGACCGCUAUGUGGCAAUCUGUGAUCCUCUGCGACAUGCAACCAUUUGAACUCAUCAGCGUCUUACUCAGAUUGGAGUUGCAGUGACUCUCAGAGCUGCCCUCCUUGCAGCUCCGAGUCUCAUUCUCAUCAAAUGCCGGCUCAGGUUCUACCGAACCACUGUGGUCUCUCACUCAUACUGUGAGCACAUGGCCAUCGUGAAGUUAGCAGCAGAAGAUGUCCGAAUCAACAAGAUCUAUGGUCUGUUUGUGGCUUUCAGUAUUCUAGGAUUUGACAUAAUCUUCAUCACACUCUCCUACAUCUGCAUAUUUGUAACAGUCUUCAACUUGCCUCAAAAGGAAGCAAGAUCCAAAGCCUUCAACACCUGCAUCGCUCACAUCUGCGUCUUCCUGGAGUUUUACCUCUUGGCUUUCUUCUCCUUCUUUACACAUAGGUUUGGGUUCCACAUUCCAUCCUACAUUCAUAUUCUUCUGUCCAAUCUGUAUCUGCUUGUCCCACCUUUGCUCAACCCUGUAGUUUAUGGGGUAAAGACCAAGCAGAUUCGACAUCGAGUGUCCAGAAUUUUCUACUCCAAGGACCGGUCUUGA